GACGUCGGCGGACACCAGCCACGCUGUGGUCGCCGCCGCCUGCUCGCACCGUGUUCCGUGCCAAGCCACCCGUGCCGUCCGCUAGACGCUCCGUCCACGGAGGCAGCCACCGCCACGAGACGCCGGCAGCCACAAGGCGCAGAGUGGAACGGCGGAACCACUGCCCGCGGAGAGCCUGCAGUCUACCUCUGGUGGCUCUGGAGAGAACAAGUGCGAGGCCGCUGAUGAACACCCUAAGUGCGGCAACCAUUUCGUCUGGACAUCGCCCAUACCCUCGUGGAAAGCCAUACAGACCAUAGCCUGCUUAUUUCACAAACAUCUUGAUUCAUCUGUGGGCACUUCGCCUGAAGACUAUUUGCACAGCCAACCAAAAUUCUUACAAUGACAGACACGGGCAAGUACUUUGCUAUCACGGCUGAGGAGGUGGCGUACGUCAGGAAGCAGCUGGGCACCAACGAGGAGGACAUCAAGACGGCUGUGACGUCACUGCGAGAGUGGCUCAGGUUGCAGCCACACUUACCUGACGCCGUAGACGACUCCCUCAUCGAGCGCAUGUACAUCAACUGCAAGUGCAGCAUGGAGAGGGUCAAACUGGGAUUAGACGCUUAUUUUUCCCUGAAAAACAGAAUUCCCGAGUUUCUAAUGAGCAGAGAUGCAAGAGGAACCGACAUCCAGUUUGCAAUGGAGCACAUCAAAAUGAUGACGAUGCCACGACUCACAAAGGACGCGUACCGCGUCCACGUCAUCACCGCAGUGGACGAAGACUCAAUGAAUAUAAUUUGGGCCCCAUAUGGUAAGAUCCUGUCCAUUGCUAUGGAAGUUAUGUUCGUCGAGGACUAUUCUAUUGGAGAUAUGUGCAUCAUCGACAUGGCGAACGUAAAUGCUGGGCACGUAGUCCGGGCGGACAUCAGCAUCAUCCGCAAUCUCGAACUCUGCUACAAGACUGCCUACUGCCGAAGGCUGAAAGGACUUCACUUCGUGAAUGCAUCCAAGAUUAUGGAUUCAGCCAUGAAAAUUGUUAAGAUGGCGCUGUCUGAGAAGUUGCAAAAGAGGGUGUUCGUGCACCUUCCAGGAUCGACAUCUCUGUUCGAUCAUGUGCAGCGUGACUGCUUACCAGACGAGCUGGGAGGCACUGCUGGACCAGUUGACAAACUAGCUUACCAGCUUAUUACGGGAGCCAACCGUGAGUGGCUGCUGGAGAAGGACAAGUACACGUCAGACGAGAGCAGACGCCCCGCCGAGAACCGCUACGCCGACAACAUCUACGGCAUUGCAGGCUCAUUUAAAAAAUUGUCCGUGGACUGACACAACUCUUCUGUUACAGACAGAGAUGAAAGUUUUGUACACAUGUAUAUAUUGUACAGUUUAUUCUGUAGAUAUUAUAAUUAAAAUUAAAAUAAACGGUUUUCCUACAAAUUUUGUAA